AUGGCUUCGCAGCGUGCCGUUCACCAAUUCGUGUCGCCUGAGAAAGAAGUCGACGCAGGCAUAUGGACUCUCUUUUCUGGCGCGACCUUAUUUCUCUCCUUUCGCAUUUGGUGCAAGGUGAGAAGGCACUACGGACUCUGGUAUGACGACUGGAUCCUUCUUGUCAGUUGGCUGGUGUUGCUGGCAACUGAUAUCUUGAUUACCUAUGAGAUGGCUACAGGCUACGUUUCGAAGGAUUGGGAUGACCGCAUGUUGGUUCUGAUUUCCAUAUCAUCUUGCGGAACCACCAUGGGUCAGACGUGGAGCAAGUCUGCAUUUGCCGUCACAUUGCUGAGGAUGAGCAACACAUGGCAACGAACAGUAUUGUGGAUAGGUAUACUUACACUGAAUGUCUUCAUGGUCCUCAAGAUCUUCGUGAGUUGGGCAGAGUAUUGUGGUAAAAGUCAUUACCAGAAUUACUGGAGAAUGCAAGGAUUUUGUGUUGACUACAACUUCAUGAAAAGUGCCAAACGCGUGGGCAAUAUUUGGAAUAUUAUCAUGGAUUUUGUGCUGGCACUCUUCCCAUGGAUGCUCACAUGGAGAUUGAACAUCAGCAAAUGGGAGAAAAUCGGACUAUGCGGAACGAUGAGUCUUGGAAUAAUCAUUGCUAUCAUCUCGGCCGUUCGACAGGCAUGGAUGGAUGAUCCCACUACUUCGCACUACGACGACUGGUACUUCUGGCAUCAAGGACUAUCAAUGGUUUGGUACUCUGCAGAAGUCACCGGUACUAUUAUGGUGCAAUCGAUUCCGGUCAUGCGUACACUACUGCGAGACACCACGAAGACCCUGACGUCCAAGAGAUUACGGGACGCGGAGGACGGGCAGACUGCUACUCACCCCAAAAGGACGCCACUAUGUUGUAGUUACGGCGGCGUUAGUGACACCGAUACAGGGCAUGUUGUGUUGCAGGACUUUGAUACGACUUCGAGGAAGGGCAGUGUAUCAUCCAGCAUCUCGCUGUCGCCAUCAGAAGUUAGCCGUGCCAUUGAAGCAUCUCGAACUAAACCACUGGCCUGGCCGCCGAGCGGAACGAUAUGGGCACAAGCAUAA